ACCUUGAGGGGGUUCAAAUCAAAACAAACCAUCGUGUUGCGUCCGUGAAACUGUUGUAGUCACAAAUUCUGUGAACGGUGCCCACAGAACGUGUUAUUUAUCCCAUAUUCGUAUACAAUUAAUAUCUAUGAUCACUGAGCUUUUGAUAUGUCAGUCGAAGGUGAAUUCUUCCUUUCCAUUACGGGCUCAAUCGAGUACGCGAAUUUUUAUGAUAUCGACAAUGUGUAUUGCAAGUACGGAUAUCACUGCGGACCGGACUGGACCGUUGUUAGGGGAAUUGAAGAAGGCCUUACGCAGAUGUGCAAAAAAAGCUGUGACGUCCGACAGCUAGCGGUUUGGAAUUUUCCUUUGGAUAUCGCCUUCAAGAGCAUCAAUCCCCACGGAUGGCCCCAACUCGUCCUUUCCAUUUAUGGUCUGGACUUUUUUGGCCACGAUGUUAUCCGAGGAUACGGUGUUUGUCAUCUGCCAAUGACUACGGGAACGCACACAAAGAAGGUGUCCAUCUACGUCCCGAAAUCGUCUUCGAUUUUUCGGCAGUUCGUCGCAUGGUUUUCCGGCCGACGACCGGAACUAAUCGAUCCAACAAUCUUGGCAUCCGGAAGCGGUCGCGAACUGACAAGGAUGGUUUCUCAGGGUUCGGUUACUGUCCGUUUUAACGUAUCGAUGAAGGAUUUUUUUAAACUCGGAUACAAUAACGGCCAGGAUCGGUUCCUUUGAAGUCCUUGGAAUUCUACCCUCCGGACUUCAUCACUGACGUUGUAUCGUAUAAUUGAAGAUCGGAGGAGCCAGGUCGUGAUUCGUUCACCCCCGCAGUUCGGGUGACUGGAGUUCAUUCUCGGACAAACAUCUGAAAAAUCUGAGACUCUCGGGUAAACGAGCAUCGCUUGAUCUCCUCUUCGGGCCAUCGACUCCAAUGCUGUUUGAAGACUUCGCGUCAUCUUUUUCGCUCUGGUGAUCGGAUGGAACUCGGAACAGGACAUCGCCAAGACUUCUCAACGAUCAACUUCCCUUCGUCAUACCCCAGUCGAGAUGGAUCUGCAACACAUGAGACGUACAAUUCUUCUUUCGCAGGGGUCGCAGUUCCACCAACAUCAUUGACCGGACUCCCCCUGUUCAUCAGAGGGAGUCCACCGUCCCCUGG